AUGGGGUGUGGUAAGUGUCGGGGAUGUCCUGAUUGUGGUGGGUAUAAAGUUAGAUAUGAUAAUUAUUCAUCUGAAUUUGAAGAAGAUGAAGAAGAUGAGGAAGAGGAGGAAGAAGAUGAAAUUAAAGGUCUUAAAUAUACAUUCACCAGCCCUAAAAAAUGGAAAAAAGAAACGGAAAGUCACUAUUUGAGACGAUAUGAAUGGCAAAAGCUUAUUAAAGCUAUGAAGGAUGAAGAUUUGGGAAAUGGUGAUUAUGAUGGUAGGUUCGGAUGGAGGUAUACAAAGAAUUUGAUUCUACACGGGGUUACUGUUACUGAUGAACUCGAUUUGGUGGAGAUGUUGGUCGGAUUGAUUGAAACUGGGAAGUUAAGGCCACAGUAUAUUUAUGUGGAUACUAGAAGCCACAAAGAAGGCGCCCCCCCAAAGCCGGUCCUACCUCCCCCCGACCCAGCCCCACAAACCUCCCUCCUCUCCUCCCUAAAAUCCUACUCCACCACCACCACCAUUUCCAACCUCUCCUUCGGCCUAAGAUUCCACCUCCACCUGUUCUUCCCCUUCCGAUCCUUCCCCUCCCCACACCUCUUCACAACCCUAAACCUCUGCAUCCCCCUCUCCCGCACCGAACUCAACAUCCUAACCCAACAAAUCAAACAACUAUCAAACUUCCUCUCCGUCAUGACCAUAAACCUCCAAACCCUCGUUCUAAACUGUUCCGUAAACCACUACAUAUUCAACGAACGAUACGUAGAUAUCGAGGAUAUAGAAGAACAACUGUCUUCCUUACAAUAUACGUUUACGAACCAUCUUCCCGGAUUAAAGAAGUUAACGUUAAUAUCGAGAUUGUUUCAUACUAAAUUCUUUUUGAUACCGCCGGCUGGUGUGAGGGCGUUGAGGUUUGAGGAGUGGGAGGGGAGUAUCGAAUGGUAUCGUCAAUUUUCAAAAUGUGGGUUUGGAGGGAAGCUGGAGUAUCUAGAGCUUGGGGUUUCGGGAGGUGUAUUUUAUUUUGAUGGUGAUGAUGACGAGUUGGAUGUUACUUCUUUUGCUUGUAAUUCUUUAAGAUAUUUUGGUUUGACAUCGAAGGUGGGUAAUGAUCUACUUCCCCCGGGUUUGGUGAAAGCUAUCUUGGAGAGUAAUAAACUGUUGGAUGAAAGAUGUGUUCAAAGGAUUGUUGAGUAUGGGAAUAAGGAGUUAAGUUCCUAG